CAUAAAUUUCUGUUUGCCGGGAAUGGCUAUGGACCAAAGAAUGCUACAACAGGAACUAGCAACACAACCUGGGACAAUCCUCCAACAGGAAAUGACACUAAUGCGGGGGAAAUGACUAAACCAGGAAAUGGCACCGGACACAAAAAUAUAAUUAUAGGUGUUGUUGCAGGUCUUUUAAGCUUAUUAUUAGUCCUAUCAUUUUUCAUCUGCCUUCUUUGGAAAAAUUGGUGUGAUUCCAUACCCUUUUUGAGGAAAAUAUCUGAAAAGGAACAAAGGAUUGCGGCCAUUAUUACGAAGUAUGGAUCUGUAGCCCCAAGAAAGUACAAGUUUGCAGCGGUAAAGAAAAUGACUGAAAACUUUAAAGUUACUCUUGGGAAAGGUGGAUUCGGAACUGUCUUCAAAGGUAAGCUCUCUGAUGGUCGAGAAGUAGCUGUGAAGGUCUUAAACACGUCCAAAGGGGAGGGGGAGGAUUUCGUUAACGAAGUUGUCAGCAUUAGCAAAACAUCCCAUGUCAAUGUUGUGACUUUGUUGGGCUUCUGUCUAGAGGGGUCCAACCAAGCUCUUAUCUAUGAAUUCGUUCCAAAUGGAACCUUGGAGGAAUUUAUCAACAAAGACAGAUCCAGUAUGGAUGCUUUGCUUCUUUGGAAAACAUUACAUGGCAUAGCAGUUGGCGUAGCUCGAGGGCUAGAAUAUCUACAUCGUGGAUGUAAAACACAUAUAGUGCACUUCGACAUCAAACCUCAUAAUAUCUUACUAGACCGAGAAUUACGUCCCAAGAUUGCUGAUUUCGGGCUGGCUAAGUUAUGCUCUAUGCAAAAGAGUGCUCUUUCGGUGCAAGGGAAAAGAGGAACUCCUGGAUAUAUGGCCCCAGAAUUCUGCUUCCCAAACUUUGGAUCUAUCUCCAGUAAGGCCGAUGUCUAUAGCUACGGAAUGAUGGUACUUCAAAUGGUUAAGGGAAAGAUUAAUAUCAGUGCGGGAGUGGAUAACAACAGUGAAAAUUGUUCUGUGUACCAGAUGUACGAUCAUCUAAUUCAGUAUGAUAGUCUAGAAGCUUAUGGGGUGACUGUGGAUACCAAUGAAGUUGCAAAAAAGUUGAUGUUAGUCGGGCUUUGGUGUAUACAGAAAUUGCCUGCUGAGCGACCAACAAUGAGUCGAGUUGUAGAGAUGCUCGAGGGUAGCAAAGAAUGUUUGGAAAUGCCGCCAAGCCCUAAGUUGUUUUGAUUGUCGCUUAAAAAGUUCCACUCUUACACCGCCCUUCUAAUGCUGUGAUGUCAAAAUUCCUUGUGAAUAGCUUCAAACUGGUUGAAUUUGUUCUCUGAUUCAUGGAAAGAUGUUAUUAAGACAAAUUUAUGUGUUUUCUACCCCUAGGCAUAAUGAAUAGGGGAGAGUUGUGAAGUGCAUUCUGAUUCAUGGAAGUUGUAUUUAAGAUAAAUUUAUGUGUUUUCUACCCCUAAACAUAAUGAAUAGGGGAGCAUUGCGAAGUGCAUUUUGACAUCAAGAUUUAAACAUUAUGCUCA